CGCUCAGGUUAUUCGAUAAGUUAAGCAUCCUACAAGAAAGAAACAUACUGACUAUUACAAUAAGGCACAACAGUUCUAUAGUGCUACACUGAGAUGUUAAAGAUGAAGGCCGCUAUUGCCCUAGUAGCGCUGGUCUCCCUCACAGGCAGCCUGGUGUGGGCCGCACCAAACGAAGAAUCAAUAGACAUACAAAGGUUCAACGAUGCCCUUGAGAAUGCCCUCAGUCAAGACGACACCAACAUUGAUAAUCAAGAUGCGGUUGAACAAGAUGACGAUGAUGAUAUAGACUUGCAGUCGCUAAUGACAGCUGCUCAAAGUGAUGAUGAUGAUGAUGAAAAUAUGAAAGCUCUGAGAUCGCUAAUGGCAGCUGAGCAAGAUGAAAAAUUGGAAAAUAAACUAAAAUCUAACGAACAAGAUGACGACGAAGAUAUGAAAGCUUUCAAUUCACUAAUGGCUGCUGCACAAGAUGGAAAUGACGAUGAUGAAAAUGUACGUGCUCUCAGUCUGAAUUCACUAUUUGCAGCUACUCAAGACGAUGAUGUUGACACACAGCUGGUUGGAAAAGAUAAAGAAACUGCUAAAACUGCCUGGUGGCGUCGUAGACGUAGGCGGCGUCGUAGACGUAGGAGGUCGAAUUCAGCUGCUUACUAUAAACAAUACUACAGUCGUUACUAUAGUAACUACUACAGCAAGUAUUACAAGCAAUACUACGCUAGGUACUACAGCAAGUAUUACUCUCGCUACUACAAACGAUACUACAGCAGAAAGUUUAAAGGAGCAAAAUCGUACGGUAAUUACGGAUUUAGCGUGAUUAAUCAUGUGUACAGCUACAUGAAGAGUCACUACCCCAACAUGUAUCGCAAGUACUUGCACUACCGUAGAAUUCAGGGAUGAGUGAACCGAUGAAAAGAACUCAGAGACUUAAUUGUGUAUAGUGGAGAUGAUAGUUAGAACAAACAUUUAGUGUGAUUUAGUCGUAUAUGGAACAACAUGUAGCAAAGUUGGUAGGUACAUUUGAGUAGCUAUAGCUGUAUUAGUUGUAUUCAAAUAACUGGCUGUAUGCAGUUUACGUCUACAUCAUUGCAAUGUACA